GGCAAACGCCGGCGAGAUGCUGACGGACCUCGUGCUCGAGUUCCUGGAGGCUGCAGUGCACGAAUUCCUGUUCGCCUGGCAUGUCUACCCGCGAGAGUCCUUUGAGCGGCGAGUGCUGUACGGCGUCCCGAUCCACAUGAGCCGCCACCCGCUGCUGUGCGAGUACAUCCACUCGAUGCUGGCUGGAUGCCGGACGUGGCUGCUACGAGCUGAACUCGAGAAGUUGUGCGUCAUUCUCCUCUCCAAGGAAGGACGGACAAUGGAGACGCUGGUGGUCGAGCCAAGCUGGAGAGCGGCCUUCGUGGAGGCCGUAGAAUCGGACGAAGACCAGCCGCUGCCCUUGGUGCAGCUCGAAGAGGCUUUCCGGGCAGGAAUGGUGGCGCUUGUAGCGACGCCAGCGUCCAGAGGUGCGGAUCAAUCCGAGCAAAGCAAGCCACACACAUUCCGCAUCCUGGUGCAGACGGUUGAAGACGCCAGUAACCAGGCAACGGCGAUCAACGAGAGCAACGCCUGCAACUCGUGGGUGCUGGCCGACCCGUUCUGGUGCGAGGACCAGAAGAAGCAAAAGGAGAUUUUCCCAGUCAAAGCCGUCCAGUCCGUCGUGUCGCCCAUCCGACUCAACGUGUACAUGGAGAAGCAGCAAGCAGCAGUGACCGAAGUCGGUGAGUCGUGAAUGUAG